AUGUCUGCACCUCUCGUUCCACCAGCUCUACAAAUCCACCGUAAAAAGGCGCCUGAACCUUCAGCUGCGCUACUCGCGCUACAAGAAAGAGGCCUUGAGCUCCCGACAACAAGAAGGAUAUCGAUAUCACCACAAUCCAAUGGUGCGCAGGAUAAUGACCUAUGUAUAUCGCCUCUGUCGAUCUCAUCGACGCCUUCUCAACUUCAAAAGUCGCCCUCACCAGCUCCUCGGAGAUACCGAAGUCGUAGAAGACCGUCGAGUGCAGGAAGUGCAGAGACAACAGUGACGAAUAUAUUGAGGCUGUACACGGGUGAAGGCAGUACAUCCAAGCAGAGUUUGCGGUCCGAGUAUGAGGAGAUGUCACCAUACUCGGACGACUCAGACGAAGAGCGACCAGACAUACCACGAGUGCAUCAACCCAAAGCCUAUAGAGACACUAUCGCACCCCUCCUGGAACAUCAAUUUAGCGGAGACGGACCGACCGUACCGCCUGUACCUUCACCCAUGUCCAUCGCCUCGAUGCCAAUGUUAUUGCAUCCACAUGCCAGCGCUUCGGUGCCUUCGUUACAUUUGACACCAGAGGCUUCGCCGAACUUACAGCCAAGUAUUGGCCACGAGUCGAAUGCAUCCCACAGCUCGAUUCAAAUUACCCCAGACAUGUCACCACCUCUACAACCAAUAGUACCGAGCUUCCAAGAGUACUCACAGAGUCUAGUGGAACGCAAGAUAGCGCUCGAAGUGCCAGACGUUCGAGAUGCGGACUCCUGGUACGAUCAGCCACUUUCUCCUGUCUCGCCCGAAGAGGUGGAAGGUCGGUUUCGUGAUUCUCAGAUGUCAGCUGUAUCGCCCGAGGGGAACGUCGACUACCAUCGAGCUAUAACAUUCGAGAGUCUUGGCCCUCCAAAGCCGAAGCAGUCCCCUAAUGUACAUCCGGUUAGUGUUGUGAGCGACUACUUUGACUUCGGUAUUUCCUCGGCAACAGCAUCGGCAAACACAGAACAUAGCAUGAUACCACCGGCACUAGAUCUGACCAAGGGUAGACCUUUGAGUAAGGUGCCGGAAGGCUCAGCACCUGUCCAUCAAGCCGAGCUACAUAUAUCAGAAUCAGCAGUAGAUGGUGGACUGAAGUCUCAGCAUGCAAGUCUGGAUCUGGUCGCACACGAUCCGAUAGAAGGACCUAUGCGAACGUACCUUACUCCUCCACCACCAAGAAGACUAUCGGGCGGUUCUAACGCGUCAAGUAGGCCACCAGUUGACAUUGAAGAGAUCUAUCGACCUAAUUCUGCAUUUUCAGACUCUUCUGAAUCGUCUCCCAUCCACGACACGUUCGGCGGACACUUGAAGCAGGCUUUCCGAGGAAAGUUCGGCAAGAAGAAGGACAAGGAGAAGGACAAGACAAGGGCUAGACCAGAGAUCAAGACUCGACAUACCACUAACGCGACUGGCAGCAAAACGAGAAGUAGUUUUGAGGAUGACCCGGAAAGCUACAAGACAUCCUACUGGAAAUCGCGAGCAUCUGGACCUUCGCAGUAUACCACUCUGCCUGUUGAUCCGAUCCAGGCAUCUGAGACUGAUGUUGCGCAAAACGAGCCGUUGGAACAAGCUCAGAAUGGCUCCGUACAAUCCGGACCCGGUCCAUUCGUCAGCGGUAGUCCACAACCGCCUGACAUGAGGAAUCAACACCUCGCCACAUCUUCGCCUCCCUUGCAGAGACGGCAGCCGUCUCCUGCGAUCCCCUUGACGGAGUACCAGAAAUACGGGUCGGAGAUUUGGUCGGAAAGUGCCAAGAAAAAGCGUGAGAAAGAGCAACAAGCAGCACGAAAAGCAGCUGAGAAGGCAGAAAAAGAAUCCGCUAAAGCUGCAGCCAAGGCACAGAAGGUGGCGGCAAAGGCGGAGGCAGCACAUACCUCGAAGACUUCGCAGCAUCGAUUGUCCCUGAAUAUGUUUCUGCACGGUGUCACGAACCUUGGAACGGCACCAGCUCCGACUCCGGCUCAGCCUUCGGUAGCAGCCGCGGAUAGAUUCCAAACGAACUUCUAUGCACGACCUUCGUCCAAAGCAGGACCUGGUCACGCGCAUAACACUUCAGAUUCCACGCAAGAUUCACAGCAGAGUAUGGAUAUGAGACCGAGCUCAAGACCUGGGUCAUCUGCCAGCUUCGCGAGCAGUAAUGCGCGGAGGUCAGGUGGAGGCAUGUCUAGCUACAAUAAUGACUUGUUCGAAGCAAGUGGCGGAGCCAAGAAACGCAGUGGGUUCGCCAGUCGGUUGAUGAUGAGCAGUGAAGAGAAAAGAAAGCAGAAGGUGAAGGAGAGCAUCGUCGUAGUGGGUGGUGGCAAAAUGGGAAAAGAAGGAGGAAAGGGGCUGGUAAAGAUAUAG